AGAGAGAGACUUUUCAAGGAACGGCUAUUUUUAUCGUUUGGCUAAAGAAGAAGAAGAAACCCACAAAGCCAUCUUCAUGUUGAUUCUCUCCUCAACUCUCCCCACUCCAUUUUCUACAUUUACACUUCAUGCAGACAGAAGCCACAGAAUACUCUCAGCUUCUCCCACAUUUGGAUUGCUUUUUCUUCAAAAGAAGCUCGUCACAUGUUCUUUCUCAAGGUGCAACAUAAAAGAUGAUGGAGUCCAGAAUGCAGAUGUUCUGCAUUAUAACAAGAACUUGAGGCGGACAUUUCUAUUCCUUUUGGCGUCGUUAGGAUUUUUUCCGACUUUGCCUUCUUCUGGAAAGACAAAAAAUAAAAACCCAUAUGAUGAAAAACGCUUACUAGAACAGAACAAGAGGGUACAGAGAGAAAACAAUGCUCCCGAAGACUUCCCAAAUUUUGUUAGAGAAGGUUUUCAGGUCAAUGUAGUGACAACAGAAAAUUAUGUAAAGAGUGACUCGGGGCUUAUAUACCGGGAUUUUGAAGUUGGUAAAGGUGAUUGCCCAAAGGAUGGUCAACAGGUGACUUUUCACUAUGUUGGUUAUAAUGAAUCAGGCCGUCGUAUUGACAGCACCUACUUACAGGGCACUCCUGCCAAAAUUCGAAUGGGGACUAAAGCACUUGUUCCAGGAUUUGAAGAAGGAAUUCAAGACAUGAGGCCCGGAGGGAAAAGGAGAAUAAUUAUUCCUCCAGAACUUGGACCGCCUGUCGGACCUUCCACCUUUUUCAGCGCAAAGCAAUUUGAAGUUUUUGACGUGGAAUUGCUAAGUAUUCAGGACUGUCAAAGGCGGACUAUUGGUUUUUACUCUGAUGUGGUGUGCAGUUAAGUGAUGAGAAUGUGUUCCAAUGUAUAAUGCUAUGAUAUUUGCAAAUGUUAAAAUGCACAAUGGGUUGGAUACUGGGCAUCACUUGAAAUAUAUUAGGUUUGCACCAGGAAGAAUUUAAUUAACCAAAA